ACAACAUAUCUGAGUGUGAGGAAUUAUAACGGUGUCCAGUCGGUAUUUGGCUAGAUAACGCAUUUAAAGUUUGAACGGAAAGAACAGUUUUGCUGCAUCGAAUUCCUUUGGACGGGAUGUCAUCUGCCACCGGUAGAAUUCCACGAGCUAACCGACCAUCUCCCUCUCUGUAAAGGAGGCCGAGCGAGCCAGGCGUGAAGAUGAGUGAUGCGGCAGAUACCAAGGGGUUGAGGCGAACCUUUAUCGUCCCCUCGAUCAAGGCUUUUGAUCACUAUGAUUUCACAAGGGCCAAAAUAUACUGUAGUUUGACAUGGCUUGUGGCCAAAGCCUUCGGCUCAGAUGCGGUCCCGGAGGAGCUGGCGGACCCCUUCUACAGGGACCAGUACAGCCAGGAGCACCUGAAGCCCCCUGUGGCAUGCCUGCUGCUGUCCGCAGAGCUCUACUGCCGGGCGGGGAGCCUCAUCCUCCGCAGCGAUGCCGUCAAACCUCUGCUGGGACACAACGCCAUCAUCCAGGCCCUGGCACAGAAGGGACUGUACGUCACUGACCAGGACCGACUGGUCACAGAGAGGGACCUGACCGGCACACCCAUACACAUGAGUUCCCACCUGGCUCUGAUAGACACUCUGAUGAUGGCGUACACGGUGGAGAUGGUGAGUGUGGAGCGGGUGAUGGCCUGCGUCCACCGCUACUCCUCCCAUCCCAAUGACCUCUCCUCCCACCCCGACGGAUACAUCAGGGACCUGCCCUAUGACACAGAGGACGCAGUCACCACCUGGAUCAACAAGGUCAAUGAGCACCUCAGGGAGAUUCUGGUGGAGGAGCAGAGGUUGAGAGAGAGCUCCUGCCCUGAGAGCACAGCUACUGCAUCACAGAGGGCUCGCUAUAGGAGGGAGCAUGCUAAGCAGAGGACAGCUCCCUCCCUCCCCCUGGUGGACAAUCUGCUAAAGGACAACACAGACGGCUGUGCCCUGGCCGCACUCGUCCACUUCUACUGCCCAACGUCUGUCAGACUGGAAGAUAUCUGUCUGAAGGAGACCAUGUCGCUGGCUGACAGUCUGUACAACCUGCAGCUGGUGCAGGAGUUCUGCAGGGACAGCCUCAACCACUGCUGCCACUUCUCCCUGGAGGACAUGCUCUAUGCCCACUCUUCCAUCAAGAAUAACUACCUGGUGUUUAUGGCAGAGCUGUUCUGGUGGUUUGAGGUGGUCAAGCCUUCGUUUGUGCAGCCCAGAGUCUUUGACCCACAAGGUAAGCCGAAGAGGGUGACGCUGAAGAUGACGAUGGGGAUAAUGAAGAUAAUCAACUCCUGGGAUCUAGCUCCGUCAGCAAGGGCUAUGGCUCCUAUCUGUAGCCCAGCCAAACAGGACUUUGGGGACAGCCCAGAACACAAAAGGCUUCAACCAGACUCUGCUUCAGGUGUGAUAAAGAGGACGGCAUCCAUGUCCUAUGUGGACGGCUGUGUGGGGACGUGGCCUAAGGAAAGACGGUCUAGGGGCAUCUCCUUUGAGAUUCCUUUGGACGGGGAUCCUAACUUCCCUCCCUGUUGGGGUCCCUCACUCCGGGACAUGACCCGCUCUGCCAGCACUGAGGGCCUGGGGCGGUUCAAAGUUCACCACGCACCCCAGGGGGACAUGAAGAGCCACCUCUCCUUUCAGCCAGUCAGUGUCAACGGCCCUAGCAGCACCGCAGGACACAUUACUGAGGGGGACUACAACAGGGACUCACCAAACUCCCACAAAGCACUGGGGCGCGGGCAGACUCAGCCACACAAGAACCGGAACAGAUAUUCCAAUGGUGUUCUCAAAGAGAACGGCAAUGGCGGCAGCGGCCCCGUCAGCCCGUCGAGCCCCCCUAGCAUCGAGGAGGCUCUGAAGAUCAUCCACGACACAGAGAGGCCCCACGGCAGUCUGGGGCCCGGGGCCAACGGCUUCUUCCUCCACGAUGGAGCUGAACCUUCAGACCCAGGGGACGACCCUGAUGACUAUCCAGGAUCGGCUAAGGCCCGGGCAGACGAGGCCGACCCCUACUCAGCCUCUACGGAGGAAGUGGACACAGGGAUCCACGUGAAGUCGGAGGACAUCCAGGAGAGUUUGGAUGAGGACAAUUCUUCCCUCAGGGACUACUCUGAUAUGGACCCUGACUAUGAGGCUAUGACCCGAUCCUGUCCCUUACCAGAGGGGAAUGGAGAGAGGGGGGUGAGGAGCAGCCCAUACCCCACCUCGGUGUCCCCAGCCCCUUUGUCUCAUGCUCCCAGCCCUGCCUCGUCCUCGGGUGGUUCUGGCGGCGGACUGGUUCGCAUGACCAGCUUCGCCGAGCAGAAGUUACGGAAGCUGGAGGGGCGGAGCAGUGGAGGGACCACCCCCGAGAGCGCUGAACUCUACGUUCCCAACACGCCCCCCACACGAACUGCCACGCUCGAGAUCUCCAGCCCCACCCGCCCAGCCCAGACCCCGGCCACGCCCUCUCCCAGAGACCACACCCACCUGUUGCCGUCAGAUAUGGUGCACCUGAAGAUGAAGCUGGAGGAGAAACGCAGAGCCAUCGAGGCCCAGAAGAAGAAGGUUGAGGCAGCGUUCACCCGGCAUCGUCAGAAGAUGGGCCGGACAGCCUUCCUCAACGUGGUGCGAAGGAAAGGGGUGACCCCCUCGCCCACCAGCCCCAUCCCUGGGGGCCACGACCUGGACAAGCCCUCCCCAGAUCGCUUCUUCGCCCCUUCGGAAAGCCUGGGCCAGGCGGAGAGGUGCAAGCCCGACGGAGCCGCUCCCAAGUCCCCCUGCGAGGAGGGUGCAGGUGUCGGGGUUGGAGAGGUGGACCUGGGCGAGUACACUCGCUCCAUCGAGAGGCUGAACACGUCCCUGGGGUUCCUGCAGACGGAGAUGCAGCGGCUGGCCCAGCAGCAGGACAGGAUCAUGACCAUGAGGGAACAGCAACAGUCCUGGGUCAUACCUCCUCCAGCGCCCUCACCACACAGGCAGCUCCGGGAGCUCCGCAGCAACAGUGUAACCGGCCGGGGGUCCGUGGGGUCCUUGUCCCCAAUCUUGUCCUCGGCGGGUGGUUCCCCCCGCGCCGCCCACCGUUCCCCCGGCGGCCUCAAGCGCCGACCGGCCUCCUUCCAUGCCAGCACCCCUCACACCCCACGCACCCCACGCCCCACCGAGCUCAAGGUAACCCCCUUCCGACGGAUGCUCGACACCCCCACGUCCGUGGACAGUCUGCCCAGGCUGAGACGCUUCUCACCCAGCCAGACCCAGGUCACCUCCUUUGCCUACCUGGGACACGACGAAGGACCUGGGGCCACGGAGGGCAAGGAGAGAGGCGCCACAGGGGGAACAGAGGAGCCCCAAAACCAAACCAAACCACCUGAGACAGAGGUAGCGGGGGCGGGGAUAAGGAGUGCCGGCGCUCGUCCCUCUUCGCCCACCGCAGCGCCAGCCGAAGGGAGAGAGAAGGAGAGGAAGGAGGAGAGGAGAGACAGAGGGAAAACGGAGAAGUCGGCAGAGGUGCUGUCUCAGCCAGUGAGAGACCUGACGGAGGAGCCGGCGUCGUCGCUGAAGCCUUUGGGUGGACAGGGUCUCGAGACAAGUGGAGAGGGGGAGAACAGAGGAGAGCCGUACGGAGAGGACCAAAAAAUGUGCUGUGGUUUCUUCUUCAAGGACGAUGGGAAGGGAGAGGAGGACAUGGCGGUGAAGAGGGCUGCUCUGCUGGAGAAGAGGGUGAGGAGAGAGAAGGAGACGCAGGAGAAGAAACAGCAGCAGGAGCUGGAGCAGGAGCAGAAGAAGGAGGAAGCACGGCUGAAAGCGGAGGAGGAGCAGCAGAAGCGAGAGGACGACAAGCAGAGGAAAGACUACAUAAAGAACGAGUACAUGAGGAGGAAGCAUUUGAAGCAGGUGGAGGAUAUGGAUGUCAGGCCCCGCCAUGGAAGUCUCAAAAAGAAGCCCCGCCCAAAAUCCAUGCACAGGGACGUCAUGGAGUCACCCAAGCCACCCGCCAGAGCCACAGUCUCCAGCAUGUCCCUGGCCUCCCUCAACCUGGUUGACAACGACAGCAACGCCGGAGAUAAGAGGAUCCCCAGGCCAGACUCUGCGGAGGGCAAUCUGUCGUCCUGCCCGUCUCGUAACGGAGAGAAGGACUGGGAGAACGAGUCCACAACCUCCUCCACUCCCUCCAACCAAGAGUACACAGGGCCAAAGCUGUACAAGGAGCCCAGUGCUAAGUCCAACAAGCAUAUCAUCCAGAACGCCCUGGCCCACUGCUGCCUGGCGGGCAAGGUCAACGAAGGACAGAAGAAUAAGAUAAUAGAUGAAAUGGAGAGGUCGGGGGCCAACAACUUCCUGGUUUUGUUCCGAGACACGGGUUGCCAGUUCCGCUCGGUGUAUACCUACUGCCCUGAGACGGAGGAAAUCACCAAGCUGGCGGGCAUCGGGCCCAAGAGCAUCACAGCCAAGAUGAUCGAGGGCCUGUAUAAGUAUAACUCAGACAGGAAGCAGUUCAGCCACAUCCCUGCCAAGACAAUGUCAGCUAGUGUAGACGCCAUCACCAUCGCCGCUCACCUGUGGCAGACCAAGAAGCAGGGCACGCCCAAGAAACUGGGUAGUCUCAAGUAGUUCAAGCAACAACCCUGCUCAUACCAAACCCAGGAUAUUGUUGCUAGGUGUCCUGAGUUAUAGUUGAGGACUGAGGGGAGGCGUUGCGGGUUAUCCGACCCAGGAACGGCCAAAUGACCUGGGAUAUUACAGGGUCUGGUUUGGUAUGAACAGUGCUAAAGAGUCCAUCUUUCUAAUCUUCUUUCCCAUUCAGAUAUGUUAAUGAACACUUACACUUGGCAUUCGUCUGGAUCUGAUAUCGGAUGUGCCGUUUAAUUUGAUGAAUAUGUGGUAGGUGGUUUUCUUCGAAACAGGACACUAUUGACUUUAUGCACAACUGGAAUGUAGGGGGAAAGAACAUCAACACAAGCCUCAAGGGACAUUGUUGUUGUUAUGCAAGACUGUGUGUGUGUGUGUGUGUGUGUGUGUGUGUGUGUGUGUGUGUGUGU